AUGCAUAAAGUGAGUGAAACAUUGUACUCUGUAUGUUUUCUUGAAAUCAUUGCUUCUGUCCCGCCCCUCAUAGGCACCCCCCGGGAAUUUUCCUGUACUCCCGGUACGUACAAUCCCCUCGAAGGUCAAUCCUCUCUCUCCGACUGUCUCUCGUGUACAGCUGGCUAUUACUGCCUCGAGAACGCCACUCUUCCCACAGGGCCGUGCCAGCCGGGUUUUUACUGUCCCACUAAUAUCAGCAACGGUCAACUAUCCAGGAAUAUUGGCUCGUACGGGCCAACCCAAAUACCAUGCCCUGGGGGAACCUAUCAAGACAAUUUCACAAGUGCCGAGUUAAGUGAUUGUGUUGAAUGUCCUGAGGGAAGUUUCUGCGUCGAAGGGUCGGCGAAUCCAGCCGUAUGUCCAAUGGGAUUUUAUUGCGUAGCUGGGCUUAAAGCUCCUAUUCCAUGCCCUGUAGGAACUAUUGGUAUUGAUACUGGUCUUGUUGAUGUACUACAAUGUGUACCAUGUCCUACUGGCCAGUAUUGCGAUUCACCAGGUUUAACUAGUCCAAGAGCUCCCUGCGAUCCCGGCUUUGUCUGUUAUCUUGGAGCAAAUACUUCGACACCCACCGAUGGAAGUUCUGGAGAAAUUUGCCCUGCUGGAGGCUACUGUCCUUUAGGCUCAAGCGUCAGCUUGCCAUGUCCACCAGGCACCUUUAGUAACACGUCUGGAUCGACGAAUACCUUCGACUGUACCGAAUGUACACCCGGUUUCUACUGCUCGAAUGCUCGCACUCCUGAACCUACUGGCCCAUGUAAUGCCGGCUACUAUUGCCCUGGGGGCGCUAAAACUCCUAACGAUACUGUCACAAUGGCUGGUCACUACACCCCCGUGGGAUCUGCAGCACCUAUACCCUGUGAUGUAGGAACGUGGAUGCCUCGUACUGCAGCUGGUGAAUGUUACCCUUGCACCCCUGGACACUACUGUCCCGAUCAUGGCAGUACAAAUGUCACUCUCUGUUUGAUAGGUCACUACUGCGAAGAAGGUUCAUUUGAUCCAGCCCCGUGCCCUCCAGGUACCUAUAACAAUCAGACUGGAAUAUCCUCACUGGCCGAAUGUCUCUCAUGCCCCCCUGGGUACUUCUGUGCUAGCGGAGGACUUACCAAGCCUGAGGGUUUGUGUCUAGCCGGUUUUGCGUGUUUUGGAAAUUCUAAUCUACCAAAUCCGAUUGAAUCUGAUGAAGUCACGUUUGGUGAUCUAUGUAUGGCCGGUCAUUUUUGCCCUGAGGGAUCUGGAGGAGGAUUUCCCUGUCCUGCGGGUACAUUUUCCUCAUCUCGAGGUCUUGCUACCGAAAGAGACUGUAUACCAUGUCCUCCAGGCAUGCAUUGCAAUACUAGCGGGCUAACUGCUCCGAGUGGUAUGUGUGACUCUGGUUAUUUUUGUAUUGGCGGGGCCAUAAUUGGCUCUCCAAGUGACGGAGAAAUGGGUGAUGCGUGCCCUAUUGGUCAUUUUUGCACUGUUGGAACCUCGAUUCCAAUUCCAUGUGAAUCUGGAACAUAUUCCAACUCUACCGGUUUUAGCGUUUGUUUAACCUGCCCCCCAGGUCAUUUUUGUCAUCUCAGCUCGACGACUCAACCUGCAAUUUGUCUGGCAGGUUUUUACUGCCCUGGUGGCAAUAGUCUUGACUACAGCGCUUGUCCGAUUAGUACACUAGGAACUAGAGAAGGUUUGGCUGAUGAGUCUCAAUGUAUAUCAUGCCCUGCUGGUUAUUAUUGCAAUUCUGACGCACUAACCACACCAUCUGGACCAUGUGAUCCUGGUUAUUUCUGCUCAUCAGGAAGUACUAACCCUCGACCUUUGGAUUCUGUGGCAAACGGACCGUGUCCAGCAGGGUUUUAUUGUCCUUUGAACUCUUCAUCGCCCACCCCCUGCCCACCCGGCACCUACUCCCCAAGUAUGUUCAAUAUCGAAGAAGGGAACUGUUUAUUGUGUGAUCCCGGUAGACAUUGCAAUGAGUCAGGUCUCACUUCUCCAUCUGGAUUGUGUGCUGAAGGUUACUUCUGUAUUAAUGGCAGUUCAACUUCUUUCCCAUUGAAUAUACCAAGCGGAGAUACUUGCCCAAAGGGGCACUUUUGUCUUGAAGGCUCCUCUGCUCCUAUGCAAUGCUUACCUGGUACCUACACUAAUAGCACUGGCAGUGGUGUCUGCUCAAAUUGUCUAGCGGGAUUCUACUGUGAAGGUUCCACUGAAGAUCCAGCACUGAACCCUUGUCCCUCAGGCUACUAUUGCCCUCUUGGAACACGAUUUGCAUUCGAAUUUCCAUGCCCUUUGUCAACGUACAAUCCAAGCACAACAUCCAUUGAUUCGUCUGUCUGCCUAAUGUGCCCAGCAGGGUUGUUUUGCAAUGGUACUGGACUUGAUGCUCCAAGUGGUAUUUGCAAUGCAGGCUCGUUUUGUGCUCCCGGUUCUAUUUCACCGACAGGAGAGCCAUGCGAGCCUGGAUUCUAUUGCCCUCCUGAUGCGAAUUCUCCACUCUCCUGCCCCCCUGGAAUGUACUGUGCUGGAUUCGCAAAUAUCGCACCAACGGGAUUAUGUAAUAAUGGCUAUUAUUGUAUUAGUGGAGCAAGUAGUCCCCAGCCUACUGAUGGAAUGAUUGGAGAUGUCUGUCCAACAGGGCACUAUUGUACGGAAGGAAGUAUAAAUUUCACUGCUUGUCCACCGGGAACAUUCGGACAAGUCUUGCAAGCUCGAAACGAAUCGGAAGGCUGUGAAUUAUGUCCUGCUACGAUGUAUUGCUGUGACUACGGACUGUCGUCUCCGAGUGGAGUAUGUGAUGGGGGCUAUUAUUGCCCCCCUGGACAGAGAGUGAGCAAUCCGUUUGAUUUUAUCUGCCCUCAAGGCCACUUCUGCACUGCGGGUGUACUACAGCCGAUGAGAUGUGUGUCAGGUACUUACCAAGAUGAAAUCGGACAGACAGACUGUAAAAUAUGCCCAGCUUCUUUCCACUGUGAUAAUCGUUUCGAACCAGUUGUACUCCUCAACAAUUCAAUUUGUCCUCAGGGCUACUAUUGUCCUAACGGUACAUCAUUUGCGACAGAGUUUCCGUGCCCAAAUGGAACAUUCAGCAAUCUCACAGGACUAACUGACUCAACAGAAUGUACACCAUGCACACCUGGUCACUACUGCAAUCAGCCUGGUAUUACUGAGACAAGUGGACUGUGUUUUGCCGGCUACUUUUGUCUAUCAGGAAGUAUUACCCCUUCGCCACAAGAUACAAUGUGUCCGGCUGGCCACUACUGUCCUAUAGGUGGUACUAACCCAAUACCUUGUCCUGCUGGUACAUACUCUGCUUCUAUACUCAACCACAACGUGACCUUCUGCAUAGCAUGCACCCCGGGUCAUUACUGUCCUCAGGCGUCUGUCAACGGAACUGCUCUAGUAUGUGAUCCGGGUUUUGUCUGUCUGUUUGGAGCUUUUGUGGCGAACCCUGUCGACAAUGUGACUGGCUACUCAUGCCCUGCUGGUCAUUUUUGUGUAAGUGGUGCAUUGUCAGAAGAGACUUGUCUACCUCGAAGUUAUCAGCCUAAUGCAGGCCAGAGUGAAUGUAUUGUCUGCCCAGCAGGAGCAAUUUGUGAGUCUAUUGCACAAAUCCAUUUUACCAUGUGCCCCCUGGGGCACUAUUGUCCUACGGAAGGGUCGACCGAUGGAAUUGCGUGUCCAAUUGGCUCGUAUUCAAAUUCUUCUGGUAAUACAAAUGUCACAGAUUGCUUGCCUUGUCCGAGUGGUAUGUAUUGUGAGACAACUGGUCUCCUAUCUCCAACAGGAACGUGCAGUGCAGGAUUUGUAUGUGUGGCUGGGUCUGCAAGCAGAGCUCCCUUUGAUGGUAUCAAUACCCCCUGUCCGGCAGGUUUCUACUGUACGGAAGGAACUUCAAAUCCUCAACCAUGCCCGCUUGGAACUACAGCCCCAUUCAGCAAUGCAAUACCCGCUAAUGAAACUUCAUAUCUCUUAGAAUUUGUUUGCGAGUUGAACACCACACUUUCUCCGAUACCUGCCCUGAGACUUGAAAGUGAAAGUGAUUGCGUUCCUUGUGUUGGAGGCUUCUACUGUGGUUAUCUCAAUUCCACGCUACCUACUGGUCCAUGUAACUCUGGCUACUAUUGCCCACACAAUUCUUCGAUAUCUGUGCCGAAUCCGAGUGACUUUGCAUGCCCAUUGGGUCAUUUUUGCUCUGAAGGUACUAUCAUCCCGACACCUUGCGCGAAAGGAUCGUUUUCAAGUCUGUUUGGUGCUAGUAAUUGCACCAUUUGUCCGGCAGGCCAUAUUUGUACUAUAGGUACCAUUGAACCCGAAAUAUGUCCUCCACAACAUUUUUGUCCUGAAGGAAGUUUUGAGCCGAUAUUUUGCCCGAAUGGUACCUUUACAAACAGUGAAACAAAUGGGUUAUCAUUGCCAGAGCAAUGUACACCGUGUAUACCAGGCCACUUUUGUAUUGCUGGUGCAAUAGUCGGUGAAUGCAUAGCUGGUUAUCUCUGUUAUCAAGGCUCUGCUGUACCUAAUCCAGACGGUACCGAUUUAAGUGUUGGUGAACUUUGCCCUGAGGGAUUCUACUGUCUUCAGGGUGCUGUAAACGGAACUAGUUGCCCCCUGGGCCUUUUUAACGUUCUCAGAGGAGGUAGACAAGUUGAAGACUGUACCGACUGCCCUGCUGGUCGAAUGUGUUCGGGAAGUGUUGCCACUUUGUGCUUUCCUGGAUUCUAUUGUCUGUCAGGCACUGCAAUGGCAUGCCCACCAAGUACCUACAAUCCUUUAGAAGGUGCUUCUCUCAUCAGCGAAUGUAUAUCUUGCGAGCCUGGAUAUCUCUGCCCUAACGAAUCAAUGGUGACUUUCCUACAUGAUCCGUGUCCAUUGGGUCAUUAUUGCUUAGGUGGGUCGAUUACACCCACUCCUUGCCCUCAGGGCACCCACAGAAAUGAAACUGCGGCUGCUACUUCCAAUGACUGCUAUCUGUGCCCUGCGCAGUUUUAUUGUCCUGACAAUGCUACCAUACACGGCAUUCCUUGUAACGUAUCGGAUAUAUGCCUUGAGGGCACUGUCACCCCUACACCUUGCCCAGCCGGAUUCUACUGCCCACGGACGGACCUGCAAUUGCCGUGUCCUUCUGGUUACUAUUGCCCUGAAGGAUUGGCAUGGUUUAUUGAAUGUCCUAGAGAUCAUUACUGCGAGCAACCUGGUUGUGAGGGUGCAUUCAUCAUCGGAGCUGGAGCUAUUCGGCCUGAAAUAUGUCCAAUUGGCUACAGAGAGAUUGUUAAUUUGGGUGACAACUUUACCAGAAGUUCACUUUAUGUCACUUGUGAACCUUGUCCCGGGGGAACAUACAGCAAUGCAUCGUCACUAACAGAAGAGAGGAUUUGUCUAACAUGUCCUGAGGGGUACUAUUGUGUUGGAGGUUCUAUUUUUGGUGAUCCUGGAAUUUUGCCGUUUUUCAAUGCUUCCAUAUGCCCGGCUGGUCAUUAUUGUGAAGCUGGUAGUUUAUCUCCGUCUCCUUGUGAAAUGGGCAUGUUCAAUUCUCUUGAGGGGCAGAGCAAUUCGUCUGUGUGUAUGCCUUGUCCUCUGAGUAGCUUCAGCCAUCUUGUUGGUCAGAGAGCAUGCUUCAACUGCUCGAUUGAGGCCAGUACAAUAGCCGAGGGGUCGGUGGAGUGUGUAUGCAGCGGAAACAACAGGAGAUUUCAGCCGAGUGAUGGACGGUGCCCGUGCAGAGCUGGGUUCACACAGUAUGAGGGACGCACUGCCGGAGACUGUCAGCUUAUCAUCUAUCCCCUGUGUGGGGAAGAUCAGAUCAGGUCACAUGACGGGGUGUGUCGUACCCUCAGUGAGUGGGAAGAGUUCUGUACCAGCCUUGGGUGCAGGAGUCCUGAGCUGUACGUGGAACUGGAUAGGAACAGAGGCAUCUGUGUGUGCCGGACUCAAGUGCUGGCAGAUGUGUGCAAUGCCAACUGUCAGCAGAGGAACGUCAACAGACUCCAGAUUAGGUGCUUUGCUCCUCCAGCGGCUGUUGUCACUGACAACAACGGAAAUGAGACACUGAUAGCACUGUCGGAUAUCCCUGGUCUCUUUUCCACUGAUUUGUGUACGUCUUUGGACGGCAGGACAUUUGCAGCUUUCACUGUGGACACAGCAGAACUACUGCCACUGUUUCUUGCUCGUGCAGGCAAUGGUUUCCGUGGUAACUACCUGCCGAACCCUGUUUCCCUCGUCCUUCUCCUCUCCCCUCCCAUCAACCAACCAGCCAAUAUCACCACCAGAAGAAGAAGACAAGCAACCAGCAAUCCUGCAAAUCAACCACAAUUUGAUGGCAUCGAUGACCCCCUAGUGUGCCUUGAAGUCGACCAAUUACUGUUCUUCUUUCUUUCAAACUCUUCUUACCCAGUCUACGAUGAGACCAAUCUGCUCAAUAUAAACGCUGAUUAUGACCUGGGGCUAUUCAACCAACUCGUGGAAGACCAACUUCUUACUGGAGACAACUUAUUCUUUGCAUUCAGGUUCACCCAGAGUGGAGUGUUUUCCUUCUAUUUGAGCGAUGCCACUGAGAGGUACAUGUACGUGCGUGUCGUUGAGCCAAGUUCCCAGUGUCCGGAAGUUGGUCCUUUUUAUCCUGCAAGUCCCUCACGAGCCGUUCAACUGGGUAUGGUACGUAGCAGUAAUAUUAUACAGGAUCCAAACUGGGCUCUGAUUGGUGGACUGCUCGGAGGGGGAGUGGCUGUCAUGGUUGGGAUAGUGAUUGCAUUGCUUCUAUUCCGGAGGUAUGGUUGGUCGAAGCCAGUCCUCCACAAGCCCAAGUACCGAAAGUCCAACAAACGUCUCAACAUGGCCCACUAUUCUUCUAAGGGCUCGUCUCUUGUCUCUAAGAAGAGGACACACCCCAUGCAAGAGUUGGACAGAGGUGGUGUUGCAGUAUCGGAAGUUGUUAGGAAUGAUGAUUUCUGGGACUAUGAUGAUCAAAUGGACUUAGAGGCAUUCUCCACUAAACAGCUGUACAGUAAACUGGCCGACCAAUCACAUCACGUCGUGGCCACUAUUGGAGGUCAAAAAGAGGAGACCUUAAGCGAAAGCAGAAUACACUUGUAUGUGUGUAGAGUAUUAGCACAAAAUUGUGUUUUGCAUCACUGGUCCUCUCCUCAGGCUAAGGCGCUGUACCAGAAACUUCAGAGAGAGGCUGACAGUUUGAAAGGGCUGUGGGUGGCCAAGCUCAACCUUCGGGGGAGGGCAGAGCUGGCUUCUCCCGAGGAACUAAGAGCUUAUGAGGUCAUCAGGGAUAAGUAUUAUGUGGAGCUUGAGAGAAGGAAGGCGCUUGGUCAGCAGUUUGGUAACGUGCUACAGCAACAGUUGAGUCUACUACAGGGUCUGGAGGAUCAACGACAACAACAGAGGGUGGGCUGCGACUCCAUUGUCAUGGAGAUCAGGACAAUGCUCACCUGGCUCAGGGAACUGAAGCUAUCGCACAGUGGGAGCAAUGCUGAGGAGAUUGAGAGACUUGACUCACAUGUAGGGGCUCUCUUUAAUCAGCUAAAGACAAUCAUAGAUUCUCAAUUUGGACUGACUCGCGUCUCUCAAAACAAUGCAGGAGCGAGGCUUGUCUCUAUGGAAACUGGACAAUUAGUCAGCGUACAACAGAUACAAGAAGCACUCGCUAACAGUAACGAAUCGGUAGCUAUUAGAGACGUUACCACUGGCCUUGUGAAACCGGGUACAUCGACUAAAAUCAGUCUACCUUCUGGAAGCACAAAAGAGGUUCUUCCUAACAAUUUCAUUGAUUUAAAUACUGGAUCUGUGCUCCCAAUUCGUGGAAAUGUUUUCUUUGAUCCUGUAUCCCUAAAAAUUGUUACAAUGUAUAACCUCCCCAAUACCUCGCCAGAGAAAAUGCAAUCCCUCAUUCCGUUUAUUCCGUAUCCCCUCAAUGCUGAGACUAGUGAAGCACUUGACAUCGGACUAGAACCACUAGAGUACGCCUCUCAAUUAAAACUAGGCGGAGCUAUGAAGGACCCCACUUCUGACCUCUGUGUACCCAUUUGUGCAGUCACUGUACACCCGCACACGAAAUCCUUACUACCAAUAGGAGGCACUUGUAGUGAUCCUGUGACUGGACUACUCGUUCCUAUUCAGAUUGGAGCAAUCACGAUUGAUUCCCAUACAAUGAAGCCUGUACCGAUACUAGGUAUCGAUAUUCAUCCCCAAACUGGUAAAAUCGUACCAAUUGGAGGUAGUACAAGUCUACAAGGGGAACGGAAAACUUUGCUGGUUGGAGAGAACUUCAUCGAUCCACUUUCUGAACUGCCUGCUAUAGUAGCAUCGGCUGCGUUGAGUACUGAUGAAAUUGAGUUGACUCCGGUGGCAGGAAAUUAUCAAACCUUCCUCGACUCCACUGAGCUUGACUGGCAGACAAGACUUUUCGAUAAUCUGACCGUUCUUCACACUAUUACAGAAACUCCUCCAAAUGAGCAACAUGAAUCUCAACUUGCUGAAAAGUUUGAGGAAGUUGAAACAAUCCACUCGAAGCUAACUCGCACUCAAUCAAUUUCUCGGGCACAUAGUAUGAAGUUACUUCACGAUACACAACAGCGAAUUGAUUCUUGUUAUGAACUUACUCAAAAUGGAGCCAGUCCUUGUUACAUGGAGCACAAAGCAACUGGUCAACCCCUUCCUCUUUUGCUAGGCUACCCUAUCGUAGAUCCAUUAGAUAAUACAUGUGUCCCUGUACUGGACUAUGAGAUCUCUUCUAUUACUGGUAUUGGAGAGCCCUUUGCUGGUACCAUGGAGUCAGUGGAUGGUGGUGGGAGGAUACCCAUCACAGUGGGGAGUAGGAUGUACAACUCUGAGGGGGGUGGGCUGGUCCCUGUGGUGGGGGCCAAGAGGAGCUCGGAGAAUGGCGUGGUGGUGCCAGUGCCUCAGGACGCGGCCGUGUUUACAGGGAGAGAAGGGGGACGUGUGGACAGUGGAAUGGUUCAGUUGCUUGAGAGGGAGGUGGUGAGUAGGGGUAGCUAUUGGAGACGUUCUACACAGUUCAUGGGAGACAUGACCUCACAUCUGGAGACUGUCUGUCGCUAUGUCCAGAGCUCAGGGGCAGACUUUGACUGUGAGAGCAGCAGGCAACAGUUGCAAGCAGUCUCAAUGUCGAGCAGAGAGCUACAAUUGAUGUCACAUGCCGAGAAGCAACGUUUCCAGUCGUGUCGCUCAGAGCUGGUGACCAAACUCUGCUCUGGUGUCCACCAGCUGGUAACCAUGCCGACAGAGGAUGAGUUAGCGGCUACUGAAGUACACACCUCUGCUAAUGAAAGAUUUGUGGAAGUGGCUGAGAAACUGAUUGACAGAAUAAGCAAUGAAAAGAAGAGUUACCAAGCAAAAGUACAACAAGCUGUGGAGGUCAAAAAUCCGGAAGCAAAGAGACAGCUCACCCAGAACUACAAUGACAAGAUGAUCACUCUCAUUGGCGAGCUGAAAAAGCAACUACUCUCACAGAGACAACUGCUCUACAAGAGUCACACAUUACUGCAUUACCUUAGGAGCAAAACUGAGCUGUCAUUUCAACUGGCAAAGAGUGUUUUGACAGGAGAAGAUGCAAUGACUGGUGUCGGCUACAGUGUCGCUAAAGGUGAGAGUGAGGAGAAUGGUGCUCUGGUCCCUUUACUUGAGAAGCUUGUACAACUGGUGGAGCAGCGAGGAACUGAAGGGUUAAUGGACGAAGGGGGAGACUCAGAGAGUGAAGAGUUUGCUGAGUCCAGUCAAACAUCUCUGCUUUCCCAGUCUGUAAGACCACACCCCGUACAGUUACACUCACCCACCAUCCUAGAGGUCAUUGUGGAGGAGGUGGAACCAUCACAGACCCCUAAAGUGGGAUGGUUUGAAGACAAGCCAUCUACCAUGAGUUCCCUUGGUGUACCUGUGAUGUCUCCUGACUUGAAACGAGUUGCUAAGCAACUGAUUGAGAAACACACGAUUGAGAACAUGACAUUGGAAAACCGACUGAGGGAGAAAGAAAGCACUGCUCUCAAGAAACUGUACACAAGGAUUGAAGAAAGAAAAGCGAAGUUAAUAAAUGACUCCAAAGUUGGUCUGGAAGAUGCCCUCACCACUGUAGAGCCACAGUCCAAUGAAAGUGUCAUACUGGAGGGAAUGAAAGAGCUGAAUGACAAGCUGGAGACGCUGGAGGUAGAAAAGAAUGAAAUGAUUGAGUCAAUCGUGGCUAGGCUAGUAGAGGAGAGAUUGAAAGAGAAAGAGAAACUAAUUAAAGCCCAUCAUAACGAGGCCAGGGACAAGAGUGUGUCUGUGUCCCACCUAGUGACCACGCCCCCUCCUCCCUCGGAGCACCUGUUGCGGGAGAUGAAUCUACUGGCUCAGCAAGAGGAGAGACUCAGAGCAGAGAUCAGUUUAGAAAUGGCAAGAGAAGAGGAGGAGCGUGUUAAGAAAGAUGAGGUGCUUCGUGCAGCCUCUCUGAGCAGACACAUCAUAAGGCGGCUAACCUCUCUGGACGCGGGUCAAGACGACCUCAAACAACAGCACAAAGAAUUAAACAAUCUUGACACCACUCUCUCUGAACGACAAAACAACCUAAAGAAUCGAGUCAGCUCAAUUUUUAAAGAGCGUGGGCGUUCUCUAGGCAAGAACCGCAGUUCUGCCUCCUCUAUACAACAGAAAGCUAACAGUGCACUCAUACAAGUAGCCAUGUCUAAAAUAGCCCGAAAAGAAGGGCUUAAAACCAAGAAAAUAUUUGGCCGGGACGCUUUGAUAAGCAUCGGUGGAAAUAGACCAAAUUUUGUUGAGAUCCUCGAUGAGUAUGAUCAAGAAGGAUUAGGAGACGAUGCAGUGAUGACUGAUGUGGAUAGGAGUGAGGCUAUUGUUGCUAUGAAGGCUGCCCAGUGGAGAUUGCAGCUGGAGAUAAAGAAGGAAAAACAGCAGAAGGAACAGUUGAAGUUGUCUCUGUCUAAACAGUCGUUUAUUCUACACAACAUGUGA